AUGGCCGCGGAACAAAGGAAGCUACUGGAACAGCUCAUGGGAACUGAGGCUCUCGAGUCGAUUCCCACCCGUCAAAAGAUUGAUCUAUACGACCCCAAGGUGUGCCACUCCUUCACCGUCGGUCUCUGUCCUCAUGAUCUGUUUGUGGGCAUGCGGUUUGAGAAGGCGUCGUGCAACAAGCUGCAUCUGGAGCAACACCGAAUGGAAUACGAGCUGCUUGUGGAGCAGGGUCGAAAUCUCACACCUCUGGAAAAGGAGUACGAGCGAGAACUGGCAAAAUACGUGGUGGAGUGUGAUCGAAGAAUCGAAGAGGGACAGCUGAAACUGGAGGCGACCCACGACGAAGUCAACCAGAUUCGGGAACUCACAGAAAAACUGGAGGCUCUAGAUGGGUCUAUUGCUAUGAGUGUGGAGGAAAUCAAACUGCUUGGAGAGCUGGGCGAGAUCUCGCGAGCCUUGGCUGAAAUGCAGCAGCUGGACUCGAAACGAGCGGAACGAGCGCUACGAGAGCGCGAAUUGGCGAAAAUGAUGACUGUUGCGGGUUUCUCGGGUCACCAAAAACUCCAAGUGUGUCCCCCUUGUGGCGCUUACUUGUCGCGUCUGGACACUGACCGGCGUCUGGCUGACCAUUUCCUCGGAAAAAUGCAUCUAAACUACGUGACGAUUCGAAAGGAAUAUGCUCGAAUCAAGCAAAAGCUGCGUGAGACUGGAAGACGAUAG